AUUCUGAGGCAUGGAUAUCUUUUGUGCUGUAGCCCUAUAAAUGUGCAACGAAUUGAAAACAGCAUUAAGCAUUUGUGUCAUGCUGACCCCAAGAAAGUUGCUCACCUCACUCCGCGUAUAUUAACCUUGCCUCCUCAGCAACUGUGCGAGAUAAGCAACCUGCUUGUGGAGGCUGGGGUAACAGAGACAGCAGUUCUGCAGACACCUCAGAUAUUUUCUCUGCAACCUCGUACGGUGAAAGAGCGCAUUCAAGAGAUUCAGCUCACCCCUGAAUUUUCCGGAAUCAACUCACAUCCCCGAAUGCUGCGACUGAUACAUUACAACACAAAGGCAAGGAGAAGACUGGACGUGUUACGACAAAUAAAAGACACCAGGGCAGUGCCAAGUUUAAAUGUCAUCACAGGUGAUCAAGACAGGUUCAAUAAGUACAUUGCUAUUGGUUACUUGAGAGUGAAUAGGAAAGAUAUUGUAACUUACCUGGCAAAACAUUUUAAAGUGAAGAGUAGUGUGAUACGGAAGAAUCUUCGCCUGCCAAGUCAUAAGCAACAGGUGUCAGUUGUAUCUGUUAAAAGUAAUGUAACGUAUUUGUCUCACCUUGGAUUUCUAGCAGAGCAGAUGUUAUCAAGUUUGGAAGUUCUGUUGUAUCCACCUGAUAUUGUUGUACAGCAAGUUCAGGAUUUGAUGCAAAGACUAGACUCGUAUGAAGUCCAUAAUAUAGUAUCCCUACCACAUGCUCUGCAGUUGUUAUUGUAUUAUUUAGACAAAGAAAUGCCAUAUUGAAUUUGU